AGCAGCAUGAGGAAGAGCUGGGGAUGGGAAAAGAACAAAAAAUGUGGGAUGUCCAGCACUGACAGGCCCUUGGGAGAAGGGGACCUGCGGCAGCUGCUGAAGCUAUACCGCACGGAGAUCUCCAUGGCUGUGGACGACGUUUUCCCAUUGCUUCAUGGACUUGCUGAUCAUGAUGUUGUCACAGAGGAGAUGUUCAAGGAAACGCUGAGUUUGAAGGAGCAGGAGGGCUCUCACAAGGCCUUCCAUGCCAUGCUGACCUGGCUACUGAACCGGGAUUCAUCCUCCAUCCAGGACUUCUGGAGGGUCCUCUUCAAGGAUUACAACCUGGAGAGAUACUCCAAGCUCCAGCCUAUUCAGAGUAGCUUUCCCAAAGAUGUGGAUCUCAGCAGACAGCGCCGGGGGAAGAAACCACUCCCCAUCCCCAAGACGUUGGUGCAGCACAAACAGCAGCCGAAAAGGAAAGCACCAGAGGAAAGGGACUCUCCCCAGCCAGCUCAGCCCUUGCUGAAAUGCAACUCGAAUCCUGGGACCCUGCCAAAGGCAAAAGCUGUAAAGAAACCAGAAGGUGUGGAGAUCCAACGUUUCCCUCUGGGAAAUGGCAUUCAGAGUAUGGCUGCCUCAGUCCAGAGGGCUGUUACUGUGUCAUCCAGUGAACUACCAGUGAGCUGCGGGGCUGUAGAAGGAAUUCUCAUCAAACAGGUGUUUGAGUCAGGGGGCUCCAAGAAAUGUGUCAAAGUUGGAGGCGAGUUUUAUGCACCAAGCAAGUUUGAGGAACCUGGGGGAAAGAACAAAAGCCGAAGCCUGAAGCCCAGUGUACGAGUCAAGGGAUUUCAAGGGCCCCAAUAUAAUGGGGAGCUGAAAAUAAACUCACAGAGCAGCCUCCAUGUCACCCCUGUUCACACCGUGGAUCAACCCCUCCACCAGAAGAACGAUGAUGAAUGUGCAGUGUGCAGGGAUGGUGGGGAGCUGAUCUGCUGUGACGGCUGCCCCAAAGCUUUCCAUCUGGCCUGCCUUGUGCCCCCACUGACAGAAAUUCCAAGCGGGACAUGGAGGUGCAUCUCUUGCUCAGCUGGGAAAGUGAAGCAGGACCAGCACAUAGAAGAGAAGAGGGCCAGAGAGCCACCAUCCGAGACACAGAAGGGUCUGUAUGGACAGAGGGCAGCUGGAGACAGAGAGAGGAUUCUUAUCAAAGAACCCACGCCAGGCUCCGAUGCCUCAUUCACCUUCAAACAACCUCUGCCCCCUGCGCCUUCCCACUCACCAAUGCCAGUGGUAAUGCCAGCCUCAACCCUCCAGCUGCUGUCAAGUCUGGGCCUGGAGAGACAGCUAGUUUGUUGCUCUGCUUUUCAUAAACUGACAGUUGGUGAGAGAUGUGGAGUCUGCAGGGGAGGAGGAGACAUGACCUACUGUGCCCAGUGCUUCAAGGCCUUCCACGCCCAUUGCCACUUCCCUGCCCAAGCAGAGCGGCUCAGUGAAACCUGGCUAUGCAAGUCCUGCUCUGGCAGCUCUGGAACCAGUGGCCUGGAGGGAACAGUGACCUCAAAUAACCCUGCACUAAGAGCAGUAAAGGCAGUGGAAGAAUCUGCUGGGAAUGACCCGAUCCUGAAUAAAGAGGAGUUGGACUCUCUCCUGGGUGAGAGCUCCUUUGAUGGGAUCCUGCAGUGGGCAUUCCAGAACAUGUCUCGUCCACUCUCAGAUACUCACGGAUUUUUCUCUUAGCUCCUGCUGUAAUUGAGGACAUGUCAUACCAACUUGUUGCCCUCCAUCAGGGCCUCCCAGAGGGGAGGGCAAGUGGGGCAAUUUGCCCCAGGCCCCGGGCCCUGCAGGGGCCCCGUGAGUCCUGGCCGAGAAUCCCUUCCCUGGCUAUUCACCCGGCAGCAGUCCGGGUCUUCGGCGGCACUUCAGCAGCGGGCCCUUCAGUCGCUCCGGGUCUUUGGCGGCAUUUCGAUGGCGGGUCCUUCAGUGCUGCUGAAGACACGGAGCAAGUGAAGGAUCCGCCACCGCCGCCGCAGACUCGGAGCGCCGCCCGGUGAGUACAAGCACCGCAGCGGAUGGUGCCUUUUUUUUUAUGUCCGCUCCCCCGCUUUGCCCCAGGCCCCCUGAAUCCUCUGGGUGGCCCUGCCCUCCAUACAUUGGACUUGACACUAAUCAUCUUUAAACAUCUUAUGCCGACAUCUUGGGAUAUACAGGAUUUUCCCAUGUUGAAUCCUUGUUCAUUUACUUCCACUUCUACCACUUUAUUACAGUGCUAGGCUGGUUUCAAAUUAAUAUAAUGAGAGAUUCAGGGUCUAAGGGUUUCAAAAACUUCACUUCCUUAAUCUACAAAGGAUCAUAUACCAUCCCUUGGAUUUUUGUUUCCCUGUGACCCUUUCUUUCCCUGUUGUAUUCACAGUCCAUCUGCUAAUAUAUUACUGGAUUUAUCUCACAGGAAAAUUGCUUAAGAGCUAGUAGGAUUUUUUCAGUUUUGUUUAUUCCUGAGUAUAGGAUGUAGAUUUGUUCUCAUUUUCCAUUAAAAAUAAAUCUGUAUGCUCCCCUUAAUCUGAA